ACCAAACUCCUUCGGUCCAAUAAAAAAUCAAACUUUGGCAUUCAAAACUCUGAACACUCCAUUCUUGACCGUCUUUCCGCAGCAUCCCAGGCGUUCUGCUCUCCCUCUUUCCUCGAGCAUCGAACACGGUUUCCUUUCUUGCAAGCUUGCUCGGUUCCAUUUUCUUUCAAAAGCUUCUCCCACAUUGUUAAUCCUAUUUAUAAAGUUCUAAACAGAGAGGCGGAGACGAUGGCGCCGCACCACCACCAUCAUCGAAGCCUUUUGCCUCACUCGAGGAAAGCCCAGGAUGAAGAAGAUGUGCACGACGACUUCAAAGGUGUACACAUCUCCGCAACCGAGCACUGGCUAGCUCGCAAGCCUAGGUCGAGCUUCCUCCGCCUUCUUUUCAUCUUUAUUUUCUUCACCUUUCUACUCAUUUUCAUCUCCCGCUUCCCCCUACUCUUCCUCUCCGACCUCCCCUACCGCGAAGCUGUUUCCCCUCUUCCGUCAGCUAACUUUUGCUCGCUUUCUUCUGCCCUCUGCUGCGACCGCUCUGCCUUCCGCACGGAUAUCUGCUUUCUUAACGGCGACAUCCGCACCCGCUCUUCCUCUUCUUCCUUCCUGAUUUUCUCCAACUCUUCCUUCUCCGAGGAGCGCGUGAGACCCUACACGCGUAAAUGGGAAGCACCGAUUAUGUCUACUAUCAACGAACUCCGCCUCAAUCUCCGCCCCGCCAACCUAUCAGAAACCGGCCCCAAAUGCGAUGUGCACCACAAUAUCACCGCUGUUGUGUUCUCCACCGGCGGCUACACUGGAAACGUCUACCAUGAGUUCAACGAUGGUCUCAUCCCUCUCUAUCUCACCUCCCGCCGCUUCAAUCGUCGCGUCAUCUUCCUCAUCGUCGAGUACCAUGAUUGGUGGGUCUCCAAAUACGGCGAUGUCAUCUCCGUUCUCUCCGAUUUCCCCCCAAUCGAUUUCUCCGCUGAUAGCCGAACCCACUGCUUCCCACAGGCCAUCGUCGGCCUCCAAAUUCACGACGAGCUUGCCAUCGACGCGAAUCGAACGGCGGGGAACGAAACCAUGGCCGACUUCCGCCAAGUCCUCGACGAGGCAUACCGGCCGAGAAUCCGAUCAAUCCUGCUGGAGCAAAAACAAGAAGAUGGAGAACAAGGAAAACUGGAACAGAGGCCGAAGCUGGUUGUUAUCUGCAGGAAUGGCUCCAGAGCGAUAGAGAAUGAGUCGGAACUCGCGGCGUUGGCGGAGGAGGUAGGCUUCCGAGUAGAGCUGCUAAGACCAGAACAAACGACUGAGUUGGCGAAGAUAUACAUGGCUUUGAACUCAUCGGAUGUGAUGAUCGGAGUGCACGGAGCGGCGAUGACACAUUUGCUGUUCAUGCGGCCUGGAUCAGUGUUCAUACAGAUUGUGCCGCUGGGUUUGGACUGGGCAGCGGAGACGUACUACGGGCAGCCGGCGGCGAAGGCGAAGCUACGUUAUGAAAGCUAUAGAAUACUUGCAAGGGAGAGCUCGCUCUCCCGGGAGUACGGCAAGGAUGAUCCCGUGUUGAAGGAUCCCGAAAGCGUGAAUGCGAAGGGAUGGGAGGCGACCAAGAAGGUUUAUUUGGACGGGCAGAGGGUGAGACUGGAUAUGGUUAGGUUCAGGAAGAGGCUCGUUCGAGCUCAUCGCUACUUGGUCUCCAUUGGGAAGGCUGGGAGGCGGCGGAGCUCCGCCGGAAAUGCGAGGUGAAUUGGGGACUGUAAUUAGGGUUAAGUUCCUCAGAUUUUUUUUUUAAAACGGAUGCAGAAACGAUUGUUAUCGACAAAGAUUUUACUAUUCAUUUAAUGUUUAUAGAAAAAAACAUUUUGGCCAUCUAAAUUUCGAAUUAUUAUUAUUAUUAUUAUUAUUUUGUUUGAGCUAAUGUAAGAUUUGGGUGCAAUCGCAAAUGAUUGAUAUUUAGUAGAUGUCAAGUUGAGUCGAGUAAAUUAUAUUAA